AUGGUUGAUCAGAGCAAAUCUUAUCGUUCCAGGGGGGCUAUAGCACCUUACAGAAGACCCAUGUCUAGUAAUAACAGAAGUAAACCCAGUAUUUUGAACAAACUGAAGUCAUUUUUCACAAACGAUGGUAAUGAUGGCAAAGAAGAAAAUUCUGGUUUGAAGAGAAGACAUUUAGCUAGCGGAGGAAGCCCAACUGUGUCAAUUCCUGGCGGUUUUUUUAAUUCAGAUGAUGCUUCACCUUCUAUUGUAUUACCCAAGUGUCCAGGGGAAGCACAAAUAAGUAAUUCGACUCCCAAUGUAGACGCUAUUAACGAAGGGGAAAGGGAUGAAGAGGCUAGUGCUGAUGAAGAACCCUAUAAUGCAGAUAUCUCUAAUGCCAAGCUUGCUGAUUUCUUUAGUCGAAAGGGUGGGGAGCCUUUGAGUGAAAUGGAAAUGGAAGGUGUGAAAUCGCUUAUGAAGAAGUCAAGUAAAUCAGUAAGAUCUUCUAGAGCAGGUUCCAUAGUCAAUACUACAUUGAGUCACGAUGAUCCUACAGAUUUAGUAUAUUCUCGCAUACUCAAGCAUUCGAGAACACCCUCCUUAGCUACAUCGACUAUGAGGGCCCCUGCAUUUACUCCCAGAUACGAUGACUCUUUUGGAUCUCACAGUUUUGCAAACACUAGCAGAGGUUCAGUUUCCUCUAGAAGGCGGGUUUUCGAUUAUUCUAGUCUACCAUCUCCAUACAAGACUACUGUCUACAAAUACAGUGCGGCAGAUAAUGAUAGUAGCGAUGCACAUGGUACUAAGACCCCUGAUGCUUCUAAAAGCAUGGUUGUUAAGCCAAGUAAUGGUAAAAAAUUGAGUAAUACUGCAUCAGCACUGGUUUCGCUUCUGGAAAAUGAUAAUUCCAAAGAAGAAACUUCAAAUCGAUUGGCAAAUCCUUAUUCGUCACACGUUAAUCAACUUCGCAAAUAUAAGAAAAGUUUACCCACGUUACCAGCUACUAAACAAGAGCCCUCUAAGUUUGCCCCUAUAAAAUCAUCAGCUUUGCAGGAAUUGGAAAAUGCUAAGACUAAGGUAACAAACGAAGUUGCUCCAAAGUCUCAGCAGCAUAAUUCAGUAGACAAAUACAAGCCUAUGCGGUCAUCAUCACUGCGUUCUAAUGUGGUUAAAGCUGAUGAAUCACCAGAGAGAAAGAUAACAACUAAAGAAACGGAACCUGAAGUGCCCAAGGCCCCUACCUUUAACUUCCAAUUCCAAACGAACGAUAAAAUUGAGCCUAAUACGAAAUCACAACCACAUGCUCACCCGGCGGCUAAGCCUGAAUUUGCAUUUAAAUUUCAGCCUCAAAAGUUCGGUCCUCCAGAUAAUAACUCUGAUAGCGAUGUCGUUGAUAAAAUACCAACCAAGGUUGCCAAUGCUUAUUCAACCGCUCCAUCUAUCAUAGCAACUGAAAGUGAUCCGGAAUAUGAUUUUGGACAAAUCUCGCCUUCCAACAUAGAUCCAAGUGCAGUGGAUAAUAAAAAAGUGCAGGAUUUCAAGACGCUGUUCGUGUUUUAA